AUGUCCAAGCGAGGAGCAACUCCACCACCCGAAGGCAUUCUCGUCAAACGAGCGCGCUCGUCUUCACCACAACAGGCCGCGAACCAAAUAGCGAUCUCGUCUUCCAAUGACGAGCGACAGCAGGCUCUCAUUAGGACAGUAAAGCGCACGAGCGGUCUUGAAGCACCUAUCAUCAGUCUGGCAGGCUCUCAUGGGGCAGAAAUCUUGAGUUGUAGGUUCGAUCCUAGUGGGCAAAAUAUUGCUGCGUGCUCGGCCGACAGGAGUGUCUCACUAUGGCGAACGUAUUCUCCUAACGCCAAUUACGGCCUACUAUCGAAUAUGCAUAAGGCCCCGAUUUUGGACUUACAAUGGUCGCUCUUCUCCCCACUUCUAUACACGGUGUCUGCCGACCACACCCUUCAUGUUACCGACCUCACGUCUGGGCAGCGUGUGCGGAAACUGCAGGCACACCGCGGUAUCAUCAAUUCGCUGGACAGGACUAUGGCAGGCGGUGCAGGGGUCGAGCUGGUGGUAACGGGUGCGGAUGACGGCACGGUCAGGGUCUGGGAGGGCGGGGAUGAGGGCGCCAAGCAGCCCAUCAGCGUGUUCGAGAUCGGAUGCCCCGUCACCUCCGUGUGUUGGAGCGCCGAUGGUGCUAACAUCUAUGCCGGUGCGCUAGAUAACGAGAUUCACGUUCUCGACCUCCGAAAAAACGAGCAGGUGUACAGCCUGGCGGGGCACACGGACACGCCGACGUCGCUCUCCCUAUCGCCGAACGGCAACUUCCUGCUCUCGCCGUCGUUCUCGUCGCAAACCAUCAUCCACGAUGUGCGGCCGUUCUCACCGUCUCCCGCACGGAUACACCGCGUUCUCAUGGGCGCUCCUGCUGGGUUUGAGAGCACCUUGCUGAAGGGCGCGUGGAGCCGUGACGAUGGUGGGCGCCGGGUCGCCGUCGGCGGUGCUGACAGGACGGUGUGCAUCUGGGACGUAGAGAGUGGGCGAGUAUUGUACAAGUUACCCGGCCACAAAGGCACAGUAACAGCAGUGGACUUCCAUCCUAAGGAGCCAAUCAUUUUGACGGGGAGCAAGGACGGGACGAUGUUGCUGGGAGAGAUAGAGCCCAGUUUGGCACUGUAA